AUGUUGAUGGCAUUGGUUUUAGCUUUCAUAAAAAACAGCGUUAUAGGUUCUCCGAUUCAGUUGCUUGCCGACUCACCCGAGAAAACUGGUUAUGUUGCCUAUGAAUAUGAUAAGCAAAAUGUAUAUGUUAGCAAAGCACCUGAAGUUUUAGUUGCUGGUGAUGGGACAGACAGUGAAGAGACAAUUAUCACAGACGGUUUGUUAGAGGUGUUUAUCUGGAAUUCUACAGAUUUGCAAGCAUAUACGGACAAAAGUUUCUUCAAUUAUGAUUCUAUAAAAAUAUCAACGGUACCAGGAAUGAAAAUGGAUGAUCAGACAAAGUUCAUUGAAUUAUUGAAUGGCACUGUUCAAGCUUUUGAUGUUGUGAUUAACAAGUCAAUCCCUGUAAGUGAUUUGAUUCACAAGGAAAUGACACUUGGUCGAUUUUUAAACGAAUCAUUGACAGUAGGUGAAUUUAUAAAUACAACCCACAUUAAUGACAUAAUCAAAUCUGAAGACAGUAUUACCCUUAAACAGCUUAUUGAAAUGUCAGAAUCAAUCAGAAUUGUUUUGGAUGGAACAGUGACUCUUGGUAAUUUACUAGAUACAAGUUUGUCUACAGGAUACGGCGUUGAUAAUAACUUGCCUAUCGCUCAAGUGCUUAAUACCACUUUAAAAGCUGAAAUUCCGUUAAAUGAUACAAUUUUCUUAAAUGAAUUUAUAGAUAAUUCUAUCAAAAUUGACACAGUUAUAAAUAAAACCGUUUCUGUUAAAGAAUCAUCUGAAUAUUUUGCACUAUUUGACGAGUCAAUGGAGCUGGACAAUAUUUUUAAUGAUGAUUCAAUAUUUUUCUCAUUGCGUGAAAUAUAUAAAUCGAGUAGAUCGGUUAAUGACAGUGUAAACAAAUUUGAUAACUCUGUUUACGAAUUAAUUGAAAGCGGACACAACUUGAAAAUUAUUUUUCUUAACGACGGCAAUCAAUUUAAUGAAACAACUCAACUACUGGAAUAUCUUGAGGACAUAGCCAACAAGCUAGAUACAAUUCAAAAUAUGUUUCCUCAAAUGAGAGAAUCGGCUGCAAACUUAGACAUUGACAAUAAAACUUUGAGAAAAAUAGUUAAUGAAACUUUUACUGUCAGCAACUUGAUGAAUGAAACAUUUAAGUGUUUUUCUGAUAUUAAUGGAAUGCUGGAACAGAUGUUUGACUUGGCAUCAACCAAAUCUGUCUUUCCAGAUUUAGUUGAGUUUAACAAAACCUUUGCAGAGUCCUCCUCUCUUUGUUAUAUGCUUAAAACUAAAGUUGAAAUAUUGUUGGGUGAUACAAUUACAUUUGCUAAUAUCAUCAUUGAGGACGGUACUGACUUGGACGUUCAAAUUCUAGAUCUGAUAGGUACAAAUGUCUAUCUAGGAGAUUUAUUGAACUCAUCGAUGUAUUUGAAAGACGUUCUGCACAGUUCAGUUACACUUCACGAAUUAGAAAUGGCUGGAAAUAAAGUAUGGACAUAUUUUGACAGAAACAUGCUGAUUUCUGAUAUCAUCAAUGAUCAUGGCAAUUCAGUUAAUUUGGUUGAUAUCUUGGUACAAUCUGACGAAACAAAAAGCCGAGCAUUGCAACCAGAUCAUCACGUUCCAUUUAUAACUAGUGACUUGGACAGUGUCUUAGUUAGAACGUUCGUGCAAUCAUAUGACACACAGAAUACGGACUUACGGACAACAGUUACUGGUACCUUACAAUGGUAUGAACACAUGGUAAUGCAAGCGCCUUGCCAUUUUGGUGGUAUGGUUUCUGGCUACACUCAAGACGGUGUCGGGAUCUGGUAUCCUGCCAAAUAUCCUGAAUGUUCAACCCUGUGCAAGGAAACAACUGAAUGUGACACUCAGUGCCAGACUGAAACUAUAAAUUUACCUCAUUUUAACCAAACUUUUAUAACCAAAGUAUGGAAUAUAGAAAAAGAUUACUGUGCCAGUAGCCCGUGUAAACAUGGUGGAGAAUGUACCAAUCGUCCCCAGUCUUUUAAGUGUUCAUGCAAAGACGGCUGGAAUGGUUACUAUUGUCAUAAAAAUAUAAACGACUGUAUUGGACAGUGCAUGAAUUCUGUUCAGUGUAUUGAUAAAAUAAACGAUUAUACUUGUGUUUGCAAGCCAGGAUGGACUGGCAAGAACUGUAGUUUAGGAGAAAGACCCUUCAAAGUUCUUGCUAUAGAAGGUUCAAGUAAACAUGAAAGGGAACACAGAUCUACUGAUGAAAGGUUUGAUUUGACUGAGACAGAUGUCAAUAAUGCUGAAAGUCUUGUAAUUCUUGGGACAAGUGAAUUUGAUAUAGUAACUUUUUCUAUAAUCAACUCAAGAUAUGCUUGCACAAAGUAUGUACAUGCAGUUGAUAUAAAAAGUUUGGACACACCCCAAAGUGUAUCUGUGACCGUAGACAUGCUAGUAACUAACUGUAAUUCACAAACUUUAUCCUGCUCAAUACUUUGGGGUGAUGGAAGCAAAACCAACUUGAACGUUUCGUAUGAAGUUGAACAACUGAACCACACGUAUUUAAAUUAUGGGGUAUAUGAAAUUCAGACCGAAUGUAAAGACGGGUACGGAACAAUCACUCGUUGUCCAGAAAAGAAAUGCUGCAUGGAUUCAGACAAUUUCUUGGAUGACUUGUACAACGAUUUUACAAAACCAAAACGUGUUUUAGCUGACAAAACAGUUGAAAUCAAUAGCUAUGAUGAUAUCAACAGAACAUGUGUAGGUGCCGAGUAUCAUUGGCGGUUUGUUCAAGUCUCUGGAAAUACACUUAUGCCAUUUACGGACUUCAUUCAACCAAAAUCGAGAAACUUAGUACUACCUAGUGGCACACUAAGACCAGGGAUUUAUGUUGUCAUUCUAGAAGUAGUUUUAGAUGGAUCGUGGUUCAAUGAUUUUAUUGUGAUGGAGGUUACCUUGCCAGAAAUAUACACAUUUAUACCAGGCGGUGACUUUUUAUACGUGUCGCACGGGGAAAUUGUUUAUGUGAAUGCUUCCGAUUCAUGUGAUACGGUUGGUGUCUUAAAUUAUGCUGAUGAGUCAAAGUUAGUAACAAGUUGGACUUUUGAACUUAUUUCAUCAGAAACAUCUGAUGAUGCAGUUUAUAGUCUUAUAAACAACCAAAGAUCGAGUGUAGGUAAAAGAUACGAAAUUCAAAUCGGAAACGUGAACGUUCUGGAGAUAUUUACACAAUAUUUUCCAAUCAAUUCCUAUGGUGUUGCUGUAUUUACGAUGUCAAAAGGAAGCCGAAUUUCAACAGCCUUUCAAGUCUUAAAGUUUGUUGAAAAUAUACUACCUGCAUCAAUAAGCUGCGUAUACAACUGCAAUGCAACGCACGGUGGCUUCAUCAAUUUUGACAUGCUGACACUCGAUACACAGGUCAAUAUGACCGCUAAUUGGACAUUUUUCAAGUAUCAAUGGAAUGUUUAUACCUGGAUAAAUGACACUUUUGCCUGGCUUGAGGGAGUGAUUGAUAAAACAGGCGAACAGUCAAUGACAAUACACAAAGAUAAAAUAUUAGAGGGUAAUACUUACAUUUUCGAGGUCAAGGUCACUUCAGCUGAUCGGAGGUUGAGCAAUACUGUUGCUGUUAAAAGAACCUUUGAUUAUGUUCCGCAUGGAGGCACGUGCGUAAUUGAUAAAUCUAAUGUGGAGUCUGCAUUCGACUUGGUACAAUUACGAUGUAAGUCAUGGAGCACCCGGAGUAGAAGGUUGACAACAAAUAACAUCAUAAAUAAAACCCCUUCACUUACUUAUACAGUCCUACAAGUAACAGAUGGUGCUUAUAAUGAAAAGGAACGCAUAACACAGCGGGGUGAACGGGAGGCAUACGUUAUACUAAAACUAGGAAACCCGGAAAGAAAUUACGAAACAUCAAUCAGCAUCCGUAUAGCAGAUAUUUACAACAACUUCAAUGAAGUGUUCAUUCUAAACAUUGUGUCAAGGCCCGUUUUUAAUAUCAAAGAUAUAGAUACAACGGAAUCAGGAGCUCAGGUUGUUCGUGACUAUAUCCAUGGGAAAUAUUCUGUAGUGUUGGACCUUCUGAUAUCCGCCAUAAAUAGACCUGCUCUCACAAUGUAUUACAUUUCUGCCGUGUGUAGUAAUGUAUACUUCAUAAAGUUAAAGGAAAAAGAGCCUGUUGUUCAAAGCGUUUUAAACGCGGAAGGGAAUGGCGUAAUUCUUGACCUGUCAAAAUACGGAAAUAGUAAUAUAACGAAUUUGCAAGACACGCUGAAGGAGGCCUUGAACAAAACACUGAAUCCAACAACAUUAACAUUGCAAGAGUUCCUUAAAAACAUGACAGACAUUGUAACACAAAUUUCUACGAAAGAAACAGAACACCCAGAGGUCAUUACCGACAGAAUGAUGUUUUCUGUUGCAACAAACGCAUUUUCAAAUCUUGCAGCGAGGGCGGAAUUCCUAGAUGAAGCCACAACGGGCCGUUUAGCUCAUCUUGUAGAAAUCACUGGAUCGAUUAAUUUAUUUCUUGACAGUGCGGAAAAUUUUCAAGAAGUCACUGAUGAGACUUUUAGAAUGUCGAUGACCGUAUCUGGUGCUAGCGUAUACAGUUCCCUUGACCAAUACCGGUCAACUGAAGAUAUACACAGUGCAAUGCAUCAGAUAUGA